UGAAGAGUUUGCGUCCUUUUCAACGCGAAGCAUAUGAUUAUGCAACGAAGGGUGUCGUCAGUGCCCGGCAAUUUCAUGCUCCUGACAAAUAUGAUACCGCAAGUAUCAAAGCAAGAAAUAUCCGGACACAAAGAAAGACUUCUGCAGUCGGCGCCCAAAUGAAAAAGAAUAAACAUCUUGGAAAGAUGAACGGGAAACUCCUCCUGGCCGACGAAAUGGGUCUUGGGAAGUCCAUCACGUCACUGGCGAUUAUGUGUCACUACAUGACCGAAUGGCCGCUUUUAAUUUUAUGUCCAGCCUCCCUUCGGCAUAUAUGGCCCAACGAAAUCGAGAAAUUUCUUCCUGGUCUGCCGCCCUCGAGUGUUUAUGUCGUACAAGGCUUCGACGACGUAGGUUUCUUUGAGAACGAGAAGAAGCGCAACAAAAUCAAGAUCGUCGUUGCAACCUACUCGCUCUUGAGAAAACAGUCGGCGUCGGCCCGAUGCUUGCAAGAAUUCAAAUUUCAGUGCGUCAUUGCCGACGAGUCGCACAAUCUCAAGCAAAAAAAUAGCCAACGCACUCAGCUGGCAUUGCCGUUGUUGCAAAAGGCAAAACGCUUGGCCUUGCUGAGUGGAACGGUAGGUGAAAAUAUAGACAGUGUCGUCUGAUCUCAUCUCAAGUCGAGUGUGUGCCUGUACCCUCUGAUCAGUUGUUAUUUUGUUUUAUUGUUUCUUUGUCAUGUGCUGUAAUUGAAUCUCAUUAUUUACAUAUAUUGUACUCGGUCACUCACUCACGAAGCCUGCUCUUGCGAGGCCCGUAGAAUUAUGGACUCAAUUACAUGCGAUCGCUCCGGAUCUGUUUGGGGCGUACACGGCUUACACGAAACAGUACUGCAAAGCCCGUAAGGGCCGUUUCGGUUGGGACGUGAAUGGUUUGAGCAACGCUGAUGAAUUGCACUCAAAAAUCAAGCAAGUAAUGAUACGUAGACUCAAAGCAGAUGUCCUUGAUGAGUUGCCGGCCAAGCAACGCUCGAUUGUCCCCAUUCAAAUUUUGAACAAGGUGAAGCGUAAGGAAUGCGAGGCGCUGAUGAAUGAACUACGGGAGACACGCAUGUCGAUAGACGACUUGAUUGGAGAGGAGGCCGAUGGAGCACAUUUCGAAGCGCGUAGAUUGAUGAUGCAAGCUUAUCAAACGAGUGGCGUGGCCAAAGCAAGCGCUGCAUCCGAGUACCUUGUGGACUGGCUGCGAGGAAGCGGUACUCAAAAAGUCUUGGUUUUUGCUCACCACAAAGCAGUUCUUGAUAUUUUGGAAAUAGCUGUCGCGAAAGAGCUCAAAGGAGGUGGUCACGUUCGUAUAGAUGGUACCGUCAGUAGCCAAGACCGGGCUAUACGUGUACAAAAGUUUCAAACCUGCAGCUCCGUAAGGGUUGCGAUUUUGUCUAUGACGGCAGCUGGUGUUGGGCUGACAUUAACUGCGGCAUCUUGUGUUAUUUUUUCUGAGCUUCACUGGACGCCUGGCGUCCUAGCACAAGCUGAAGAUCGUUGUCAUCGAAUCGGGCAGCGCAAUGCGGUUAAUGUACUGUAUCUCGUGUGCGAAGGUAAGCUUUUUUGUUCGACAUAAUUGUUUAAUGCUUGGGCUGCAGUCUCUAACAAAUGUACGAAACGCUAUUCAUUAAAAAARUACAGACUCGAAGUUGAGUGUGGUGAGUUAACUUGGAUGAAAUUUUUCAUAGUCGUUUGUGUUUUACGCUCUAGAUUGCGUCUAACUCAAACUGUUCUUCUUCAAAAUCUCUUAGGAUAUGCAACUAUGGAGGAUGUUAGGUCGAAAAGUCAAUAAUUUAGGUCGAAUCGUAGAUGGUGAACGAAAUGCCAAUAUGGGUGCUCAGAAGGCUGGGCAGGAAUUUACUGAAUCAAGUGUAUCGGUUCAAGAUGAGCUUCAGUCAUUUUUCUCGGAAGCGAAAGUCACAGACGGGACAAAGUCAAAAGUUCCAGCGAAGGGAACAAUAAUGAGCUUUUUCGCGAAGCAGCGACAAAAGACACCUCAAUCAUUGAACAAAUUGUCAAAAACCAAAAGUACCGAAAUGAGUAAGAAGGGAUGCAAACCACAAACUUUCACAAGCGCUUCGAAAAWGGCUAAGAUAUCCAGUAAAGCAUUUGAAGAGAUUCGAAAGAUAGUAGAAUGGGAUUGUGAGUCAUGCACUUUCCAUAACAAAAUCAAGCAGCUGGAUUCAGAGAAGAUGAUUUGCAAAGUAUGCGGUACGCAAAAAAUCAAUAUUAUUGACAUCUCAGACAGCGAUGAUGACAUCACCAUUCAAAAAGUGACGCCGAGUCAUGGUCGGUCCAGAGGAAACAGUCGCCAACCGUACUGCAUCGAGAAGAACCAAAAUAUAACGCGACGUAGAUCUGAAAUUCUAAACGUUGAUGACAUGAAAGAAGAAUCAAACAAUGACAUCAUUCCGAGAAAGUUGGACUCAUAUUCAUACCUUCAGAACCCAAUUGUCUUAUCUGACGUUGAAGAAGAACUUUCCCAUACUACGAAGAAACAGAAGGUUAAUCAUAAUCAACCUCAUUUAGAAAUUGUACACACGAACGCAUUUCAAACUUCGGUGGAAGAAGAAUCGAUUGCAAUGCCCGCAACGUUGCUAUCAUUUAGUGUUUCAAAAAAUACCGGGCGCAUUACCAUUCAUUACGCUCGCAGCGGGGAAUCUUCUCAGAUUAAUUUCGAAGUGAAACAAAUCGUGACCCAAGAGACAGUGGAUCGUUUUAUGGAAGCACGUUUAAAUCGCAGCCGUCAUGCUCUUUCUUCUAUUGCGCUUACCUACGACGAAAUGUCUUUGAACAAAUGUAAGAAUUAUAAAACGAGAAACAAUGAGUUUUUUUGUUUACAAUUUCUAACUUUUCUUGCCGUUGCCUUGCUUUCACUUUUGGUCAAAACGCACUGUUCUUCGUGCAUGAAGUAUGUCAAAGUCUUGAUGCAAAGAAGCUUCGAGAGAAUGUUUCCAAAGUAGUUUUGAUUAAUGAAAUCAAAAACUUUGU